AUGUUCCCUCGAGUGAAAGGCUCCUUCUCCAUUUCCAGCACGUCUUGGCUGAUGUUGGGCUUUCCACCCUUCACUCCUCCAGUACCUCGUUUUCUCUCGCCACCGUACACCCCUGUUUUGGAACGGGGAGAAGCUGACCUGCUUGGCUUUAUCCUAGCUAUCUCGGUCGGGAAUGCUACCGUGCAGAGACUGCACUUCCGCCAGGCCCGUGACUCCCAAGGCACUCAGCCAAACCAACCCCUGCAAACAGCAACAUCCCUUUGUGUUGGAUUGAUUUUUCUCUCUCGCUCUUGCCGCCCUGGAUGUUUUGGGAGUUUGAUAGCCAGCAUCCUGAUGUCAUGUGGGUGUCUGGGCUGCAGAGGAGACCACUGCUGUGGCUUUCCACCACUCCAGAGCCUGCUUAAAAGCAAAGCCCAGCAGGACCCAAAAUCAGGGUCAGAAGACCAUCCAAUGCAGGUGGGAGAAGAGAGUGAUUCUAUCCUGGAUUGUAUGCCGCAGCAGAGGUCAGAGGUCAGCCUAACUUCAAUGUCUUCACCUCCAUCCCUACAUGUGAUUAUUCUUAGUGGAGAGGUGGGCAGCAAAGUAGUGGCAGAUACCUUAGAAGCGGUUGGAGGAGUGGUGUGGAGGACCAAAGACGUUGAAGACACAGAGGUCUGCAGAGGUAUGAGCGUGCCUGCAGGAAGACGGGUCACAGGAGUCAACCUGUGAGGAGGUGGUUGGACUGGGGAGAUGGGGAGAUGGGGCGACGGGGGUUACGGCCUGAAGCUUGCCCGUAGCUACACCUCCGGCAGACAGCAGGUGCACUACUUUAUCUCCAAUGCAUUUACACAGACUCAGACUUCCCUCUCCUCCACACACUCUGACCACAUACCUGCUUCUUAUCUCUCUCUCUCUCCCGACGCAAAGAGUCUUAUGCCCGUUGUGAUCCAUGAGGCUCUCAUGCAAAAAAAUGCCUAAUGUGGGACAGGGGGUGGUGGGAACGGCCAGAGUGAGAAGGUCCUCCCAGCAGCAGCCACAGUUCAAGGUAAAGCCUUCUUAAGGCCCUGGAGGCUGUGCAGGCCUUGCAGCCCUGAGGCAAAGGCAGCGCUGGAUGUCCCAACGACUGACCCCCACAUCAGUAGGAACGCCAUAUCAUUACGCCAUUAUCCCGUCGUGCAAUCCUCAAAGAGAAGAACGCCCUCUGAUGGAUCCUAGCGCGUUUCCCAGGCGGACCAGAGAGCUGAGCGAGUGGUGUGGCGCCGUGACCCCCCCCCCCCCCCCCCCCCAUGGCAUGCCGCCAGCUCCCCUCUGCCCCUCCCUCAAAGGGUCCGAGCAGAGUGCGCCGGGCGGGCCGUGUGGGCGGGCUCGAUACAGGGAUCAUCCCGGGUCAGGGCCCUCCCCUGGAAUCAGAUGUUUAACUGGCCAGGAGGAAGAGGGCCAAGCGAGGGCAUCUCAACCAGCACCUUGCCAAAGGUCUCCUGUUCACUUAGCCACCGGGGUCUCCACGAGCCCGCCCCGCCGCCUGCCAAUAGGCAUUAGGGAGGAUUUAGUAAUUAAGUGAUAGGCUGAGGACUAAAUUGGGUGUUUGUGGGCUGGCGCGCCACCCCCAGGUCCCUACAGCCAUGCAGAUAGGGGAUUCUAAUUGCCAGGGAUAUUGAUCAGCCCUGCGAGGGGGCCUGCGCGGGGAUCUGGCAGCCCAUCGAUUAGCUGUUACUGCGGACCCGCUUGUCAAUAGACGAGGGAGGUGAGCAAUGGAGGCAGGGCUCAGGGCUUUUUUCCCACACUGCUCUCCUCGACCACAAGCCGCGGUUGUUCACACACGCACGCGGUGACACACGCGGCCUCCUGUUGUGUUUUUUUUUAAAGCGUGCCAUUAUUAUGCGCUCGCCUGGACGUACUACUACCGCCGCGCACACACACACUUACAGACACACACACACACAUACACACACGGGGAAACACAUGGGUUGGACUUGUCGAGCAUGACUUACCGCCUGAGUAGACCACCCUCACCAAACAGCCUUACGAGGCUAAAGGUGAGGCCCAGGAGCAAGAUCAACACCUGUGGAAGAACACCUGUGGCUUGGGUCCUUCCCAUCACCUCCUGGUAGAUACUGAGGAUUAGAGUGGUCUGUUCUGGCUGGAAUAUCAUUAGCUGCUCCACUAAGCAGUAAAUAGACCAGCUGCAGCCCUCAUGCAAAUUUGCUGUUAAAACAC